UAGCCACAGUCAAGCAUUCUUCAGGCUGCUUUUUGUUGGUCUCCUGUGCAGUGAUAGUGAUCUCGGUCUUCCAGUCGACGCCGCUGUGUGGUUGUUUCUCGUUCCACCUGCAGACCAAGGUCGCUCAGCGCACAGCACUCGCCAUCACCAUGGCCGCUUCGCAGGCGAAGCCCAUGCUUUCGCAUCACUUCAAUGCGGCGCUUCUCACGGCGCUGCUCGCGGCGACUCUUCUUCUGACGUCGACCGAUGCAGCGGCGUACCCGAACUGCCCGCUGACGGGCAAGCCGCCGACGAAGCCGGGAGUGGUCCCCACGCGGUGCGUGGCAGCGCAGCAGCUGUCGUGCUGCUCCGACUGCUCCGAUCUCAACUACGCCGUCCAGUCGCUCGCCAUCAACGUCACCGCCGCCACCGAGGCCGCCUUUGGGGGCUUCCUCGACCUCUCCACCGUGCCCAGCAGCAUCUGUCCCAUCAUGAAGGGCCAUGAGUUGUGCCAGUCGCUCAUGGAGCAGCUCGUCUGCGCAGUCAAGUGCAACCCGGACUCGGGCAACUACAUCACGGGCAACCCCGGGAAGUACAUGCUGCAGAUCUGCGCUGACCACGCGCAGCAGAUCUACAAUGCCUGCUCCUCGCUCGAAUUUGCGGGAUUCGUGUUGGGCGAGACGUUCGCGACGUCGGACGACCUCAUUCAGCAGGCGCUGGUGCCGCUCAUCAGCGCGCAGAUCCCCGGCUUCAACGCCACCGUCGCGAAAACUGCGUGCUACGCAGGGCCGACGGUGAUGCCCAUCACGCCGCUGUGCUGCGACCCGCUCACCAUCCCGCCGACCUGCCCGCCCGGCUCCGUCAACAUCACCGCCGCCAAGGACAUCUCGGGCCGCCCCCUGGACAAAACCCUCUGCGCUGACUUCCCCUACUCCAACGCCACCACGCCCUUCCCCCCCAAUGGCGGCCCUGCAUCCCCCCCCUCUGCCGCUGCUCCGUCCCCCCCUUCUGCCGCUGCCCCAUCCCUCCCCGCUGCCGCCCCUCCAUCCCCCCCCCUUACUCCAGCUCCCUCCCCACUGCCUACUCCGACUCCUGCCAGUCCGCCCGCCCCGGCUCCAGCCCCAACUCCCGCUUCUCCUCCCCCGAGCCCCACCCCUGCCCCUCCUAGCUCCCCUCCGCCUCCCAAGGGUGCUGGGGCGGGUGGGGCUUCUCUGAUCGCUGCAGCCCUGCCGCUGGCUGUUGUGCUGAUGGCAGUUGUAUGAGGGAGGCCCACUAUGGGUUUGAUUCUGGCCAAGCAGUCGCAUGCGGACACCCCUUGGCUUUUUAGAUAUCUACUGUGGUUUGCAACAUAGCCUUACCGUCGGCCAUUAGAUAUCUACUAAGGUUUUCAGCAUACCCGUAACCCUUACGAGUUGCACUGAUUGUCACUGUCUAGUGGAUGAGUAUCAAUCCGUUUUAUCAAACACCAUGUGAGAGUAGCAC